GUAACGAGGAUCGAAGGUCUGGCACCAUGUGGUUGGCUGAGAUGGAACGGAAAACAGAAGGGCAUCCUGAGGUUGUGCAAUAUUUAUGGUUGAAACAACAUACCGAGAGCGACUGCUGGGAUACAGUCGUGGAUAGGCAAAAGACACCCUAUCGUUGCCAUAACUCAUAUGCGAAGCAUCUGGCUAAGGUUUAUAAGAGAGUCAGAAGACUUUAUGAUACGGAUGAGAAAUUACAGAGGUCGCUGAAGGCGUUUGAAAACUGUCGACAAGGGAAAGAUUCUGUAUAUUUCUUCAUCAAGCGGUUGGAGAGGUUAUCUUCGGAGUUAUACUACCUAGGGUCUCCUACCCUAGAGUACACUCUGAAAUGGAAAUUGUAUAUGGGUUUAGAUGAUAAGGAGUUACGAGGGAAAUUGGAUGACUACGUUUCGGACCCUAAGGUGUCAUUCAAAGCUUUGAAGAAGCGAGUGAUGAAUCGGGCUCAGAGGAUGUACCAGAUAUCUAAGAUGUUGGGAGAUGGAGAACGGUCCGAUAGGGAACGAAUACGAUAUAGGAGCCGAUCAUCUAGUAGGGUCAGAGAAGAAUCAGUUAACUCUAUUGGGUCGAAUGGUAUAUCCGAUAGGGAGAGCUGUUAUUCGGAGAAGGCAAUCCUAGCGAUAGGCCGGGAUACAGCGGGUAUUAGAUGUUAUCGAUGCUUGAAAAAAGGACAUUCCGCGAGUAGUUGUUUGGCUACGGAGCCUGCAGAUAUGGAGAAUCGAUGCAUUAGGUGUGGGAGCCCAUCUCACACGUUGGAUAAGUGUAAGGUGAAGAUGGAAAAGGUUAUCUGCAAAAGAUGCAAAUUCCCAGGGCAUUUGGCUUAUACAUGCAGAACCAAUAUAAAGGAUGGUUCGCAAGGAGUUGGUACACCGACUGCGAGAGGCAGAGUAACUCCAAAUGCAAAGGUGCAUAUGGUCGGAACUAUAGAAGAGAGGGGUGAUUUGGAUGGUGAAACUAUUAAAGAAGUGGAAAACUAUAGAGUGACGUCUACUAAUGUGGAUUAUGUUCCGAUGGUGAUUGGAGAAGUCAUUUUGGAGGGCAAACCGGUAUCGGCACUAUUCGAUACGGGAGCUGAAGCCUCGCUGGUGACUAUAUCAACGCUGAGGGAAUAUGUUCCGAAUGCGACGGUGGAUUCGCAAUCAGUACCGAAAGUCAGCGUGGCAGAUGGAGCGGCGAUGACGAUUCUGGGAAAGGUGCAACUUACGGUAGCCACGGCAAGGUGUUCAACCUUGGCGAAGUUGAAUACAUCCAUUAGUUUAACUCCAGAAGGUGUACAGGUCCAGACGGGACUAAAGAAUUAUCCGAAAGUCGGAGGGUCUUAUAGACGAAGGAAAGUUCACUUUGAUGACAAGGUUUUAUAUCUUCCGAAUAAGAGGGUUACAUCAAGCCCAUUCUCUAACAAGAACCUAACGAUCCAAUACCAGGUCUAUAAGGUUAAUAGAUUGUUGAAGGAGAAUGAAGAUAGAUCGAGUAAGGAUGAGUUCGUGGAGUUAGAGGAUUUCUUGCGGCCAGACUCCCCAUGGUAUAUUGAGAAUUUGAGAGAUGGAGUGAGUAGAGAAUCAAAAGAAGUGUAUUCACUUGAGGGAUUUUCUGGUGGCGAGGGAGAGCAACCCUCGGAUUAUGACUCGAUUAAGGAUGGUCGGAUCAAUGUUGACGGUACCCCCCCCACAAAUGAUAAAGAGCAACGCGGGCAACGACAAGAAGAGAGGGAGUCGGAAGAUAUGGUCGAUAAUAAGCCCCCUUGGGAAGUAUUAGAAAGAAGGUGGUUACGGGACGAUAAGGCUGUGUUAGGAAGAGUGAUGAUAUCUACGCCAUGGAUGGGGGAGGAACGACCAGAUAUGAAUUAUAGAUAUGCUGCAAAGAGAGGAGCGCAUUCUGUGGAGCGAUUGAAUAAGGUUCAAAGAGAAGCGUUUGAGAAAGCGCUGAACCAAUAUGUUACAAGAGGAUUUUGCGGCAUUGUUAAAAAUAAUAAGGAGGAUAAUUACGAGAAGCUUCCGACGGCUACGGAAUGCCAGGCGAUAUGGGAGUUAUUGACGGAAGGGAGUGCAUUGCAAGGGACGGUAGUGAUGCUACCAAAGCAUUUCACUCCAUCACAUACGGUCUUUCGCGAUAACCAUGUGACGACGCCGUGUCGGAUCGUAUUGGAUUUCCGGGAGCUUGAUAAAUAUUGCUAUAAAGGCGGGAAAGCUCAAAAUGAUUUGUUGGGAGUGUUACUGCAUAUAAGGAGUUUUCGCCAUUUGAUUGGUUCGGAUGUGUCUAAGGCAUUUUGCCAAAUGGUCACAUCUAUGGUUGAUUUACCCUAUACCUCUUAUACUUGUAUAGGGGAAUACACGGUAUUGUGGGAACGCAUAUCGUUUGGGAGUACUAUGGCUCCCAAUAUGUUGGAGGCUUCGACAUAUGAUGUCAUUAAAGAAAUUGAAGGUAUAGUUGAGUGCUUACCACCACAUAGUGAAGGGCUGGUUGAUGCGAAGGAGCUGGAUAAGGAAAAAUUAGCUAAGGCCAUGCUUUAUUAUUCGAAGAGUGGGUUGGAUUAUGUGAUGGGUGGUCCUGCUAUCCCCAGCAAGAUGUUAUUCCAGAAAUUCGUAGAUGACCUGUUCUUUGGUGGAGAUACAAUGGAAGAGGCGAAGCAAUGUAAGCAAUUCGUCAGCUAUAUAUUCCAGGGGCAUGGAUUGUAUACGGAUCCAGCUAAGGAUUUGGUGGCAUCCGAUGAUUUCGAUUCCCGCACCGGAGAAGCGAAGAGUGGUCAUAUGUUGGGUUACCUGUUGGCUUUAGAGAGAGAUGAUUUACAUUGUGUAUUUACGGGGACUAUGCCGAAGGAUAGAGUGACCAAGCGACAGGCGUUGGCAGUGUUGUCUUCACUCUAUGACCCUAUGGGGUUAUUGUUAGAGUUGGACAUGCAAGGAAGGUUCUUAUGGCAUGCAAUUAGCAAGGUCUAUAAGGACUGGGCCAACGUGAUUGACGCGACUUUGACCACAAGGUUGAAACAUUGGGCUCAAGAAGCACAUCGAUUGUCGUGCUGUAUCGGGACCAAAAGGUUUGUGGAUUUGGCUAACAAUUCGCUUAUAGUUUCGACGGACGCGUCGACAGAUGCGUGGGGUAUAGAUGUGCGAGCUUAUGGUGAGUAUGCAUCAGUAAGGCUUAUGGCAAAAGGAGGUAUUUUUCCUGCGGCACAAGCCUUAUGGUCUAUACCAAGGAAGGAGUUAGUCGGCGUGCAUCAAGGUCUGAAGUAUAUUCGUUCGGUGUCGAGCCAUUUGCCGGUUCAAACCUUCUUAAGGCCAUAUCAGGCACCAUUGUUGUACCUUUCGCCUGAUCAUAAGGCCCGACCGAUGGUUUUACUGUGCGAUAGCGAAAUUACGAUUUAUAGGCUAAGGAGGGCGGCUAAUGACAAAAGGUUACCUGCUCCAGAGAGAAGGAGAUUGGUCGAAAUACGGAGUAUGUGUGAGGAGCUGGAUUGUGUCGUAAAGCACAUCCCUUCGGAGUUAAAUUUCGCGGAUUCGAUUACUAGGGCCAGGUUGGAUUUUGGAAGAAGUAUCAAGGCGAAUGAUGUGUUGGCUGCUAUGGAUUCUUCGAAAGUGAUUUAUGACUAUCGAGAGACGAUUGGUGAAGAAAAGGGGGUUGAUGAAGAUGCAUUCAUCGGAGUGAUGGCUCUGACUGUUGAUGGUAUCGAUUUACCCUCUGUGCAAGGAUUGAAUGAUGAUCAAGCAGAAGAGUUAACGGGAUUAAUGAGGUAUGUCUCCCCUGAUGGUCGGUAUGAUGAAGGAUUGUUAAAUGAUGAAGGGUUUGAAGAAAUAGUAGCCCGAUGUGUUCGAAGGUGUCAAGAAGUAGAUAGCGAAUUGGGUCAGUUCCGACUGUAUUUGAAGGGUGAAGUAUCGAGGUCACAGUUGGGAUUGAAGGCGAAUAUCCUAGCAAGACUAGGAAGGAUAUGCUAUGUGGAUACCGAUGGUUUACUACACCGGAGACCCAGCAGUUCGGAUGACUCUAAGCGCCAGUAUGGUAAAGGGGUACUUUACCUAGGCGAGACGGGUUACGCUGCUAGCGUUGUACGGAUUUUGUCGGCCAUAUACCACUACAUCUACGGUCAUCUAGGUGCCCCUAAGGUGUAUGGUAAAUUGACGUUGAAGUACUGGUGUAAAGGACUGAAGAGAUUGGUCAAGAUAACCAUUGGUUCAUGUGUCUCUUGUCUUAAAGCUAGAGCGGCGAGGAAGAUCGACUAUGUUACUACCCAUGUACAAGGGUUGAUUACUACAGGAUUGUGGCAAGUAGUCGGUGCCGACCUAGCUGGUCCCUAUGGUAAGUGUUCACCGGAAGACGGUGAUGUCGACCACUACAUGUUGCUGGUACACGACCAUGUGUCGGGGUUUACCUGUGCUCGACCGCUACGUGAUUCCCGUCCGAAGACUAUUGCUGCAGGGUUCCACUCCAUUUUUUGUGAGCAUGGUUCCCCCAAGGUGCUGUUGACGGACAAUGAUAGGGUUCACUUUGUGCGGAAGGAUGUUAAGGUUGUCUUGGCUAGACAUGGCGUUAAAUACUACACCCUGCCGGGGUAUGCUCAGUUCCUAAGCUUUUGGGAACGACCGCAUAAGGAUUUCGUCGAAGUUACUAAGGCUAUCAGAGCUAGUGCUAGAUCUGAGGACGCUAAUUCCUAUAUUGCGGACUACCUUAUGGCAGUAAGAGCCUACAAUAUGACUCCAAGGUUGUGGGCAAAUCUCUCCCCCGCGGAACUCCAUUUUACUUACGGUAUUAGGGUUCCUGGCGAGAGAGGGGAGUGCAGUGAAGAAAUUGAUUGGGACGCUCUAAAGAUGAAGUACACUGAUACGGACACCAUCAAGUUCAUGCGAGAUGGCCUCCCAUUGUUGAGGGAAGUUCGGAAGGAUGCGGAGGUUCGAUUGUACGAGUAUCUAGAUUUAUGGAGGAUUCGACAAGAAAGGAAUUUGGAGAGGAUGGCCAAGAACAACGAUCGUGUCUACAGUCCCAAGCUGUUUGAUAUUGUAUUUACAUCGAAGAGUCCACAACACCGCAUUGGGCAUCAUUUGGACACUAUAUGGUCCGGGCCUCAUACGGUUACGGGUCUUAAGGGAAGCUCUGUGGUGGACGUGACACCUGGAAUAAUCUUUCCGGGGUUAGGAGGAGUCGACAUUGACGAGGUGGACGAUUCUAAGGUUAUAGUUCCCGAGGAAUAUGGGAAGCCAGAGUCUUUCGCUCUUAAGAAUGUUGUUCAUGCCGCUGCCUUACAAGGAGUUAUCUAUGAGUAUCUCAACAGAGGCGUUAGAGUUUAUCUAGAUGCUGAUGGGACUCUCAAAGAGAUGAAGCUCCAGGAGGGUGAUGAUGAUGGUGAACUCGUGAGUAAGGCUAGGGCUGAAACAGAGUUGAAGAGGUUAGCUAAGAAGGCCGAAGAGGCUGAAGGAUUGGGAUUGUCCCGAGGGAACUUUUUGCCUCCGGGAGUCGAGCCAUUGGGGUUGGUGGAGUACGACGAGGAUGUCCAAUUACCACCCAAUGUCAACCCGGAUAUAUCAUCUGAGGAAGCGUCUAUGGACUCUUCUGAGGAGGAUGAUAUUGAAGAGAGAAGGAUAGUCGAUGUCUCCUUGCUUAGAGAACGCUUAGGCUUUGCUGAAGGGUUACGCUUUGGUAAAUUUCUAAGAGUUAAGCCACCUAAGAAUUCUGUUGUGAUUACUGUUGGAGAAGAUUAUGUGGGGAUGGCUAUAGUUCUCGAGCGCGAGGAAGAAGGUUAUGAAGAUAAGGUUCUCCUUCAACCGAUGAAGGUUGAGCUAUUUAACGGUUGCAUCACGGUUAAGAGGCGACUAUGUUCUUUGACUAUUGUUGUUAUGGCUAACCCUGACUAA